AUGAGAUUAAAUGAUGCACUGUGGGCAUACCGGACUGCUUUCAAGACUCCCAUUGGUAUGUCCCCCUACCGCCUUAUUUUUGGAAAAGCCUGCCACCUCCCAAUGGAGCUGCAACAUAAUGCAUAUUGGGCCAUAAAACGGCUUAAUUUUGAUCUCCACGAGGCGGGUACUCAGAGGAAGCUCCAACUUGAUGAGUUGGAGGAAAUUCAAAAUGAUGCGUACGACUGUGCGAAGCUUUAUAAGGAUAAAAUGAAGAAGAUUCAUGAUCAACACAUUUUGAGAAAAUCUUUUGAAAUUGGUCAAAAAGUUCUUCUUUAUAAUUCUCGUUUGCAUCUAUUCCCGGGAAAACUUAAGUCUCGAUGGACCGGACCGUUUAUCGUUCGCACCAUUUCGACCCACAGGGCCAUUGAGAUUGAGGAUCCCAAGAACAGUAGUGCAUUCAAAGUGAAUGGCCAAAGGUUGAAACCGUUCUUAGAAUUGAAAAAUCCAGAAGUAGAGGAAAUGCUACUGAAUGACACAUUUAUGAAGACUAAUUUUGGGGCGGUCUGGCUAAAGACGUUAAACUUAGCGCUUGGUGGGAGGCAACCCAUCCAUCCAGUUAAUCUUGAAGAUGGAGUUUGUGAUUUUAAACUUGCCCAUGAAUAA